UGAUAAAAAUUAAUAUUAGUACAACUAUCUGUAAGUUACAAAAUUAUAAGGACUCAACUAAAAGUAAAUAAUAUUUAAUAUAAAUACAGUUUAUAUAUUUUAAGUAUUAAUAAUAUAUAAGACAUAUUUUAGUACUUAGGUGAAAUACAGUUAUAAAGAUUAAAGUGAUAAAAAUUAAUAUUAGUACAACUAUAUGUAAGUUACAAAAUUAUAAGGACUCAACUAAAAGUAAAUAAUAUUUUGAGAUUUUAAAUAGUAUAACCUCAAAAUUUGAGGGUUUGAGAGCUUUUUGGGGAGCAAAAAAAACCAAAAUUUGUGGGUAUGGAUGUCUCUUUAGAAAUGCUCUUAGUCAAAAUUUUAUUUUCGUUAGCAAAUAUAUUCAUUUCCAUAUUUAUAGGACUCAUUUUGAGGGAAAAAAACCUAGAAAACCUAAGCAAAAGAUCAUCACACAUAAAGAUAUAUAUAGACUAUUCCAAAAUUGAUAAGACAAGUAAAAUAGAGGAGUGUCCUUGAUUCUCUGAAGCCCCUUGGUCUCAUCUCAAAUUUAACAUUCGUAAACAAUAUUGGUCUCUUCUCCAAUUUAGGAAACGUUACUGAUAUACCAUAUAAAUAAAAUAUAAAAUAAACUAAACCCAAAAGGAAUACCAUUUGAAGACUUCAGAUUUUGCUUGUCAUCCAAAGUUCUUGGAAUAGCCAAAAAAUCUAUGUUGGAUACGUUUCUCCGAGAAAAACGUCAUAUUAACAAAAGGGUAUCGACCAGACAUGGGAGCAUACAAAUCUGAGGACGAUUAUGAUUACCUGUUCAAAGUUGUGUUAACAGGAGAUUCCGGUGUCGGAAAAUCAAAUCUGCUCUCCCGAUUCACCAAAAACGACUUCAGCCACGAUUCGCGCUCGACCAUUGGCGUCGAAUUCGCCACACGGAGCAUUAAAGUCGACGACAAGAUUGUCAAAGCUCAAAUAUGGGAUACUGCGGGCCAAGAAAGGUAUCGAGCCAUCACGAGCGCUUAUUACCGAGGAGCCGUUGGUGCGUUAUUGGUCUACGACGUAACACGGCACGUGACAUUCGAGAACGUUGAGAGAUGGCUUAAGGAGUUAAGGAACCACACAGACGCAAACAUUGUGAUUAUGCUCGUAGGUAACAAAUCUGAUCUGCGUCACCUUCGAGCCCUCCUGACUGAAGAAGUGAAAGCUUUUGCAGAGAGAGAGAACACUUUCUUCAUGGAGACUUCGGCACUCGAAGCAUUAAACGUCGAAAGCGCUUUCACAGAGGUUCUCACUCAGAUUUACAGAGUCGUUAGCAAGAAUGCUCUUGAAGGUGGAGUUGAUCCAACCACUGCUUUGCCUAAAGGACAGGUGAUUAAUGUUGGAAGCAGAGAUGAUGUUUCAGCCGUCAAGAAAGCGGGUUGCUGCUCGACAUAAUAGCCGGCCUCGAAAUUUUAAAUGGUCUUAAACAAUUUAGUAAAAUCUUUUGCAAACUUUUUUUUUCUAAUUUAGGAACCUAUAUUUUAUCUAUUAACUCGGAAAAUUUUGGGAGCUCAAAGCUAAUGUUUCAUUUAUAUAUGUCCAGGAUUGGCCAUGUGCAUAAACGAGCUUUUACUCUCUUUUUGUAAGCAAUCUCUUUUGAUGUACUGAAACGUUACAGGUUAAAAGAAAGGUGGAAACUUUGAUAUUGCAAUUGGAAUAAAGAAUCACUUUUUAUUUAGCGAAGACCUUGUGGAUGGGAAUAAAUAUACUGAGAUCACAGGCCUAAAAGCUUAGAGUCCAUUUUACAAGAAGCCCAUAUGGGAUUAUCAAAAGCUUGAGAUCCACCACAAAAUCUCACUGGAGCUUGAUGUAGCUGA